GGCUUUCUGUUACACAUUGCGGGGCGGAUCCAGCGCCGCUUAUUUAAACCCCGGCGUGUUUUUUUUUUUUUUCCGAACCUCGUUGUUUUGAACUAAACUGCAACAUAAGUACAGGCUCCGUCUAUAUUUGUACCCCCUGGAACAACUCGGACAGUUUUCUUUUAUCCGUCUCUUUCCUGCGGACUGUGCGCUCUUUGGACCGCCGAGGGAUUUUCAAUGCCCUGAUUUUGCGCUUUGAGGAUUUUGCGGCGACCCGGACGUUCUUCAGAGGCCACUGGUGUCAUUAGAUCAUUUCUGGGAAUAAACUCUAGAGGAUUAUAUUAUCUGGAAACAUGGAGUUCGACUGUUACCAGCACUAUUUCUUCCACGAUUUCGACACCGAGGAGGAUUUUUACAAGUCAACCGCACCGAGCGAGGACAUAUGGAAAAAGUUCGAGCUGCUGCCCACCCCUCCCAUGUCUCCCACCCGGACUCUGAGCGAUGCUGCUCUGCACCUCCUCACGCCCGGAGACAAGCUCAGCUGGCUGUCCAAAGUGCUGGGUCAGGACGAGGAGUGCGAGGGUCAGUUCAUCCCCGACACGCAGCGGUUGUUCGGCAACCUCAGCUCCCACAUCAUCCGGGACUGCAUGUGGAGUAGUUUCUCUGCCAGCAAGCAGCUGGAGAAGGUCAACGCCAGAGUGCCUGCCGCGGCGCCGACCGCUGCCCCCCCGGUGGCACAGAUCUCCGUGAGACCGAGCAAAGCGCAGUGCGUCUCGCCCGGUGGCCUGCACGCAGCCGCCGCGGCGGCGACAGACUGCGUCGACCCCGCCGCAGUUCUCACCUACCCGGCAAGCAGCUGCAGGAAGCCGGCGUCGUCUGGCUCCGAGUCUCGCUCUGAUUCCUCUGAUGAUGAAGAGGAAAUCGAUGUGGUCACUGUGGAGAGCAAACAGAACCGGGUGCGACUGGUGAACGUCAGAAAGCCGGUGACCAUCACGGUCCGUGCAGACCCCUGCCCCAAACGCUUCCACAUGUCAGUGCACCGGCAGCAGCACAACUACGCCGCCCGCUCCCCUGACAGCGAGCCGGAACCUGAGGAAGAAGAAGAAGAGGAGGACGACGAAUAUGAAGAGGCGCCUCAGAGCAAGCGGACCUGCUCGUCGUCCAGUCAGCAGUCAGGUUCUAGUAGCUCCCAGCCAACGUCCCCCUCAGAGACUCCCCUAAACUCAGACACAGAGGACACUGAUCGCAGGCGAAACCACAACUUCCUCGAGAGGAAGAGGAGAAACGACCUCAGGUCUCGUUUCCUCGCCCUGCGGGAUCAGAUCCCCGGCCUGGAGUCGGCCAAGACCCCGAAAGUGGCCAUCCUGACCCAGGCGACGGAGUACCUGAUGGAGCUGCACACCAGGGAGAAGCGGCAGCUCCAGGAGAAGAAGCGACUCCGAUCCAAACAGCAGCAGCUUCUCCGCAGAUUAUCUGAACUCAAGCGCUCUUGAGACUCUCAAACAAGUGUGCUUCUGAAAUAAACUGCCUCACUCACAGUCAAGGACUCACAAGUUGUCACUUUUGAAAAGCUACCCUUUUAUAGAGCAACAUGCCUCAUGUACAUAGCUGUGAAUUUUGUUGGGAAUGCAUGCAUAUAUGGCUGUGGGCUUCCUGUGAAUUGACUGUGCUGGCCUGUAAACCUGUUAUGGGGAGGAGCAGCGUUUUGUUUUUUAUUUUUACUUUUUUUUUUUGCACUGUGUUUUAGUUAUGAACAGCGGGUAAUUGGAUUGAUUUUAAUAGCUAUGACCAAGAUAUUUUCUGGUAUGCGGUGAUGUGAAAUCACUUUCCAAUAGUUUACCAGUGUGAUAGUGAACAUUGUAGCCUUCAGAGUGUGUGUGGAGAUUUGGUGAUGUUUUCGUUUCAUCAUUGCACAUGGAGUAAUGUGUGAAUGCCUUUCUGUGUACAUAAGAGUGAAUGAGCCUGCUCCUGGUUUGUUUGGUUUAUUUUCCGACUGAUUAUUUGAUGUACAAAUUGUUCUGUAAAUAAUAGCUUAUUGCUCCUGGUGAAGGAGACCGAGCUGAGAGUUGUCACUCGGGUUUUGCUCCUCUGUUUGAUGUGCCAUCAGGCACUAAGAUGCUUCUAUUUUGUUAAGAAAAUAGGAAAAAAAAAUGGAAAAAGUGGCACUGCUGUACUUUAUAUUCACACGUCACUUUGUGAUUUCAAUGCUUCUUCUGAUUUUUGUUUGAUUUUUAGAGCAUGCUAACAUCAAUAGCAUCAUUAAAUUUUUAUACCAUAUUUGCAUAAAAAAA